GGAGGACGUGGCCGCUUGGCCCCUCUUCUGCCUCGGGGUCCCUCCCUAGGGGGGGUGGCUGCUAAAGGGCACCCUUCGGCCCCGAACUGGGAGAAUAAAGCGGCCCUAAACCGGAGAAGUCGUGUCGGCGAGGCUGUAGGGCUUGGAGGCCUGGGCAGUUUCCUCAAGGGCCAGGCAGCCUUUAUUGCCCUGGCCCGAAGGGGAAGGGGAGGGGAGACACUUCUGCUUAAGUUAGUGGGAGAAAGGCAAGCGGGAGGAAAGAGUUAGGGGGGAUUGUGGUGAAUAAAGAGCUUCACCUUGCUGAGGUGGGUGUCUGUGUGUGUGUAUUUGUUUGCUUCCCGCCUAUGAGAAAUGUGCGAUUGUUCCUUUUUAGAUGGCCUCAAAGACCUGUGCUGACAUUUAGCUUAGAGGCUUUAACAUCUACAUACGAUAGUCUUUUAAUGUGGAUUUUAACACUGAACAUAGCCAUUCUGCUUGUAAGUCUCAAUUUCACAGACUACAGUAUAGAUGUAAUACAGCUGACUAAUCCAGAGAUGCUAUAAUUUUAGUAAGAAUAGUGACAGGCCAUCUGGAAAUCAUGGAUCAAAAGUAUGAACUGUGAUAGAGGAGAGAUCUCCUCAGAAUAAAAAAGCCUGUACCAGAGUAUCUUAGUCAAAUUACUUGACCAAAAGUGCCUUUCAGUGGAAUUCAUUUUAAGCUUAUCCUGGAAAGCAUUUGAAGUAAAAGGCACCUACAUCUUAAGUUGUGUGUGUAUUAAAGCAUUGUGUAUUUCAGCUCGAUGCAUUUGAGACUUUGCCUGUGAUAAAAAUAACACAAUAUAAAGGCUUGCUUUAGAGUUACGUACUGUGGUUUUCAUCCAAGUAAGACAACAAAACCAACAUAGUCUAUAUACAACUGUUUUUCCAAACUAAGCGUAUAUUGCAUCUGAAGUGUCUGCCUGCAACAAAUAUGGAAGUGGACUCUAAAGUUAUGGGAAUUUUUAUAUUCGUUUUAGAAGUGAGGAAGUCAUGAUAUUGAAAUCAGCGUUGCCUGAUGACUCACCUCGUUUUGAAAUGUAUUGUUCCCUAUAUGUGUAUCUGCGUGGCACCAUUUAGUGUCAUGAUCUAUUGUAGACGUAUAAAUGACACAUGAGGCUUUGUCUUUGUGUUGGUAACUAAAUUCUUUCAUUUGUGUAUGCGAUGGAGAGUCUUUGAUAAUUCUCAGCAGCAAAAAAUUACUGUAGAGGAACACUGGAAACUUUGUGAUGUGUAACAAAAAAUAUUGCCAGGUGUUGUGGUAGUAGAAAUCUUGAGAUACCAUGUUGGUGUAGGUGGAAGUAUUUUUGUUCUGUUGACUUCUUACUGUUGAGGAGCUGGGCUUGUGUAGACUGUCUGGGGACAGCUAGAGGCGAUGCAUGUAACUAUGGGAGAUCAUUGCAGUGUUUGAUGCAAUUCCUAACAAUGCCGGCAUUUAUUUUUAUAGUAGUGAUGCCACCAUAGUAUUGGCAAAUGGGUAAUUGCUCCUUUUUGGAGGCCUUUUUCUUGCAUUUUAGUCUGAAAACUGGAUUCUUAAAGUGGAAACCAGAUUAUGACAGUGCAGCUACUGAAUAUGGGAAGGCGGCUGUUGCUUUUAAGAAUGCCAAGCAGUUUGACCAGGCAAGGGAAGCCUGUUUACGGGAAGCUGAGGCACAUGAAAACAAUAAAGCUCUCUUCCAUGCUGCCAAAGCUUAUGAACAAGCUGGCAUGAUGUUAAAGGAGAUGCAGAGACUCCCUGAAGCAGUUCAGCUGAUUGAGAAAGCCAGUAUGAUGUACCUGGAGAACGGGACACCAGACACAGCAGCUAUUGCACUGGAACGGGCUGGAAAGUUAAUAGAAAACGUGAGCCCAGAGAAGGCUGUGCAGCUCUAUCAGCAAGCAGCAUCAGUGUUUGAAAAUGAAGAACGUUUACGGCAAGCAUUAGAAAUGCUAGGGAAGGCAUCAAGACUUCUAGUCAGGGGACGCAGAUUAGAUGAGGCUGCAUUGUCUCUUCAAAAGGAAAAAAGUAUUUAUAAGGAAAUUGAAAAUUAUCCAACAUGCUAUAAGAAAACUAUUGCUCAAGUCUUAGUUCAUCUUCACAGAAAUGAUUAUGUUGCUGCAGAAAGAUGUGUGAGGGAAAGCUAUAGUAUACCAGGAUUUAAUGGAAGUGAAGACUGUGCAGCGCUAGAGCAACUUUUAGAAGGGUAUGACCAGCAGGAUCAGGAUCAAGUUUCUGAAGUCUGUAAUUUGCCACUCUUCAAAUACAUGGACAAUGAUUAUGCCAAGCUUGGUCUUACCUUGGUGGUCCCGGGAGGUGGAAUCAAGAAGAAGUCGCCCAACGCUGCACAAGACAAAGCAAGAGGACCAGCUGCCGUGGGCUCUCAUGCUGAUGAGGAGGAGGAUGAAUAUUCUGGUGGACUAUGCUAGCUACAGACAUAGUCUUAAAUAUCUGACUUAUUUGUGAUGUUGAGCGUAUCCAAAGGUACCAGAUUUACCAGAGCUUCAUUGCAAUUGUGAUAUGGGAAUGCUAAUAUGAAUUUGGCAGCUUCUGGGUACAAUACAGGAGAAAAAGCAUGAUUGUACCUGUCAUCUUGAAACUUCUUUGGACUUCAUUUCUGACCUGGUAGGAGCUUCCUCAGGGCCCUGCCUUCAGUUGAUGGGAAAAAUUUGAGAGAAAUUUUUACUAAAAGCACAGUUUAAAAGAAACCAAAACCCCAGAAGCACUGUAGCAGGGGAAGUGGUACAAAAUUUUAAAUGCUGGAUUUCAACAGUUGACACUUUUUGGUUCAAGGAAUAUGUUUGUGAUUUGUUUUCUGAGUUAAAUAUACCAUCAUGCAUCUGGCUAUUUAUCUUCUGUUUAACACGGUUUAAGGCAGACUGUGCCAGGGAGGAUUUUUCACUAGUACAAGCACUAGGGGGAGCAUUCAGUUUAUUUUCAAUAUGUUUUUACUCCACUGCAGAAUAUUAUUUUAAUACCUUAUUCUUUGCAAGCAGUAUCCAUGUGGGUGUGGAAAAUACUAAGUCAACUAGUUUGAAGCUAUCUUGCAAGCUUAAAAGUAUACACACAUCUUCAUCUCAAGAACUUUAUUGACCUGAAGUCUUUGGAAAUAAAUGUGUGCAUAGUGUUUGUAAUGUACACCAUGGGAAUGGAAGGAGUGGACAACCUUUCUUAGCGAUGUCUGAAGCAUGCCAUAACCAAAAAAGAAACGGAAAGUAGCAGAUAAUGUACAUUGAAUAUAAAGCUCUGAAGACAAUGUUUAACAAAAACUUAGGUGGAAUAUUUCAAUAAUAUGUUUGAGUUAAUGAGUGUUCUAGGUGUUUAUUUACUAAUCAAUACACUACAAAGACAUUUUAUUCUUUCAUAUUUUCAAAGCAUAGAACAGCGCUCUCUUACAAACGGCGUUUUUCAAACUAGCUUGGAAUCCAAAGUAACCAAAUUUUAAUGCAUCUUGUCUAUUUUUAUUUGGUUUCGAGUCAUCAUUAGUUUUGCAAGCUUCUGUAGUGUCUUAAAUGUGUUUGACCAUUUUAUGCUUAAAUGCUGACAGCACUAGAAGUUAUGCCUAUGGUCUCUUUCUUCAGAAGAAUCUAAUAAAAAUCUGCACUAGGGUGAGAUCAUUUGGAAUCCAGCAGGGAUUUGUGUGUGAUACGUAAUGCCCAAAGUUCAAUAAAUAAUAGACCAAAAGCACAGUGUUAAGAGUUGGUACAGUUUCUGCCAUAUUAAGGAAUUGGAUGUCUUAAAAAAUAUCAAGCCAUGUGUCUGACAUAUGUGAUGUCUGACAUCAGUGUGUCAGACAUAGUUGUGAUGAAGGUAAGCUUUUAGAGGGCUAAUAACUCACUUUCCUCGGGGUGGAUAGCAUUCAGUAGCAUUGUGAUGGGUGCAUGAACUACAGCAUAAUUUGCAGGUAGGGCUGCUGUAAAAGUCACGCUAUUUGAUUUCAUGGGUGUUCAAAAAACAGUUUUGUCUCUUUGUAUUAUGUAGUAAUAACCUUGCAUUUUAAAGCUAUUUGAGACUACACCUGUAGUUUUUUACUAUCUGACAGAUUAAUUUCCCUUUGUUAAUAAUGAUGUAUAUAGAAGUUUUCUAUAAAAUAGUCUAAACAAAAUUUUAGGAAGUGAGUUGCUUCUCUCUGAGAAUGAUUACAGGUGUACACGAAAGAUAGUUUUGAAGACUUUCCUGUAACUCAUCCGUUUUCACCAUUGGAGCAACUCACUCUAGUUUACUUAACUUCUGCCUUCUGGAUUUGUUCAUGAAGGUGACCAUGCACUUUUUAUGGAGAGUCUUUAUCACAAGUAGAAAAAAACCACACAUGUAGGAGCACUGGGACCACUAAGUAAUUUUCUUCAAGCAUUUCCUGCUGCAUCCGAUUCUGAAAUAAGUUUUGUUGAAUGGUCCCAAGGAGUCUACUACUGUGUGUGUGAACAAUUGUACAUAUCUGAGAAGAUGGCAUGCAUAAGAAUAAAAAUUGGGAGCCUUGUGUGCUUCUGUGAAAGAACUUGCAGACUUUAUUUAAACUGUGCUUGUAAUGCUAACAGGCCCUUAAAAGAAAAAUUGAAAUUUAUGCAUUGGAUUCUUAAAGCAUAUUUUUCAUAUUGCCAAAAAAAAAAAUAGAUGUGCAAGACUGUCUUCCCACUCCCCCAGCUUUUUGCUUUUUUCCUUGUGCCAAGUGUGGAAAAUCUGGGACAAAAGUAACUUGUACCUACACAUGUUAAGCUGCCAUUAAAUUGAAAGGGGCUUCUCUGAAUCUUAGGAGUAGAAUUUUAAUCUUUAAUUGCAAUGUUGCUGCAAAGACCAAAUCUGCAGAAAUUGAAGUGUCUGAAAAUAAGAAGGUCUAUUUUAUAUAACUUAUUCUCCUAUUUUAGGCAAUGAAAUUGUGAUAGGAAUGUUAACUGCCUUUUAGUAAACGUUUAACUAUAGAAGAAGCUGUCUGUAUAUUAUGUGUUAGUGUUUGUGUCUAUCUUUCAAAGCAAUUUGCACACUUAUUAUGUAAAUAUUUCAGUGAUUUAAAGUGGAAGACACCAUUUACAGCAAGAAAGUUUCCAAAACCAGUGUUGACUGUAAGAAAAAUAAGUUGUGCAUGAAGGCUGAGCGAUGGCCAAUGCAAUGUAUAUGUAAACUCAGAAGAUUUCUAAAUCCUCUGUAACUUAAGAUCCAGUAUGCUCAAGUGCAGUGUGAAACCUGUGCUUUAUUUGUUCUUUUUCCAAAUCUGUGGUGUAUUAGAGUACAAAAUGUGUUUGUAACAGCUCUACAGAUGCUGCUUCUUGAAAAGAGGCUGUGUGUUUCACCAACAUGAAAAAUAAAACAUGAAACUAAUGCGU